UUCCUGGAAUUCAGGUGCUGCAGGCAGCCUUCAGCACAGAGAGCUGACAGGGACCCUGGGUCAGGGGUUCUGAGUUCCAGCUGCCACUAUUCUUCUUCACCUUUGGUGUCGUGUGCAUGUGACAUUUCACGAUGGGAAACAACUGUUACAACGUGGUGGUCACUGUGCUGCUGCUAGUGGGCUCCGAGAAGGUGGGAGCCGUGCAGAACUCCUGUGACAACUGUCAGCCUGGUACUUUCUGCAGAAAAUACAAUCCAGUGUGCAAGAAGUGCCCUUCAAGUACCUUCUCCAGUAGAGGCGGACAGCCGAGCUGUGACAUCUGCAGAGUGUGUGAAGGCUAUUUCAGGCUCAAGAAGUCUUGCUCCUCUACCCACAACACGGAGUGUGAGUGCACGGAGGGAUUCCAUUGCUUGGGGCCACAGUGCACCAGGUGUGAAAAGGACUGCAGGCCCGGCCAGCAGCUAACGGAGCAGGGUUGUAAAAACUGCAGCUUGGGAACAUUUAAUGACCAGAACGGUGCUGGCGUCUGUCGACCCUGGACGAACUGCUCUCUAGACGGAAGGUCUGUGCUUAAGAUCGGGACCACGGAGAAGGACGUGGUCUGUGGACCCCCUGUGGUCAGCUUCUCUCCCGGUACCACCACUUCUGUGACUGCUCCAGAGGGAGAACCAGGAGGGCGUUCCUUGCAGGUCCUUACCUUGUUCCUGGCGCUGACAUCGACCUUGCUGCUGGUCCUGAUCUUCAUUACUCUCCUGUUCUCUGUGCCCAAAUGGAUCGGAAAGAAAUUCCCCCACAUAUUCAAGCAACCAUUUAAGAAGGCCAUUGGAGCAGCUCAAGAAGAAGAUGCUUGUAGCUGCCGAUUUCCAGAGGAAGAAGAAGGAGGAGGAGGAGGCUACGAGCUGUGAUGUACUAUCCUAGGAGAUGUGUGGACCGAAACCGAGAAGCACUAGGACCCCACCAUCCUGCGGAACAGCACAAGCAACCCCCCCCCACCCUGUUCUUACCAUCCUAGAUGAUGUGUGGGCCCGCACACCUCAUCCAAGUCUCUUCUAAUGCUAAUAUAUUUGUCUUUACCUUUUUUUAAUUUAAAUUUUAUAUGUGUGAGUGUUUUGCCUGCCUGUAUGCACGUGUGUGUGUGUGUGUGUGUGACACUCCUGAUGCCUGAGGAGAUCAGAAGAGAAAGGGUUGGUUCCAUAAGAACUGGAGUUAUGGAUGGCUGUGAGCCUCCGUGUGGGUGCUAGGAAUCAAACCUGGGUCCUCUACAAGGGCAGCCAGUGCUCUUAACCACCAAGUCCGCUCUCCAGCCCUGCCCUGGACAGUUUUUAAAAUUUAACUUAAUUUUUUUUUUACUUAAGCCCUUGACAUUUUUAAUAGGACUGUGGGAAGAUCAAUUUCUAGAUUCUCCUUAACAAUAUACAUCAUAUACAUAUACAUAUAUAUUUUGAGAAAAUGACAGUUUCAGUUGGAUCUCAUAGACCAAUGGUCCAGUUAAAAUCACUGUAAAAUCAGUGUGCGUGUGUGUAUGUGUGUGAAAAUAUGAUGCAUGACAAUAGCCAUAAGAUGCAGUAUAUUACCCUACCCCAUUUUCCUUUGGUUUCUCACUCACUAUAAUGACACCUCCACUGUCUGAAGGGGGAGACCCAUGCAUCCCUGUCUGGAGAAAGCCUGUCAGAUUUUGAGGGGAAUCUUCAGAGGAGUUCAAGGGCCUGCUUCUCCUGUUUCCUCUGUGUCAGGCUUAUCAAUAAACAGGCCAUGUAGGAAAGGGACAAAGCACUGUGAGGUGGGAACACCUGUGAACUCACAGUAAGAACGCAGCCUUCCAGCCCACCAUGGGCAGACAUGGCUGCCGCUUGCCUCUGCAUGACUCCUGGACAGCUCAAGAGCUGACAAUGGUUGUUACUUUUAUUUAUUUUGAGACAGCACCUCACUCUGUAGCCCUGGCUGGCCUAGAAGUCACAGAAAUCCUCCUGCCUCUGCUUCCAGAGUACUGGGUCUUAAACUGUUCACCACGCCUCCACUCCUCAACCCCCAAACUAGCCUUUCCAUUUUUAAAAGGCACCUAAAAAUAUUAAAGUUGUGCUCUUACAAAAGUC